ACUGGUGUUUUAACCAACAGCCUCAUUGAAUGACCCCUGGCUAUAACUGUCCUUUUGCCCACCCAUCCUCAAGUUGACACUUUGAGUAUUAAAACAGUCAAGCUGUUGAUGGCAAUGAAUUAGAAAGUUUAAGGUUUUGAUGGUGGGUGAUUUUUACCAUUUACAUUUUAAGACAAGCAGACACUGUCAUCUAGACUGACUUUCAGAGGCAAGCGCAUUCAUAUUCAGUCUUGCUCCCUGUGGAAAUCGAACCCACGGGGGCCAUACUUAUGCUAGCUGAGCUACCUGGGACCAUGCAUUAUUUCCUUUGUGGGAUUUCCUAAUGCCUUAAACGUAUCAAGCUGAAAUGAUCCAGGUCUCAAGAUUGUUUUUCCCACCUUCAUAACCUACGUCCUCAAAUUCAAGCCAGCGUCUGCCAGACCUUGCCAACCUUUCCAACACAGUGCAACAGAACACAUGUAUCCAUUCAAAAAUGUAAGUGUUCAGCCUGACAGGAAAGACCUUUCUUUUGGUCUGGGCGAUGUGUUGUUAAACGGAGCGAAUUUUGAGGUUACUGUCAGCUUAGCGCUGACUACCUCCUCAAUCACUACCAGGUGUUGAUUCUGUCUGGAGCAGGAGGUCUCAACAGGUUUUCCUCACAGCGCCUUAUUGUCUUUGACAGUCCAGGUGUGUGGACCUCCCACACAAUGUACACAUGGUACUGAGAAAACCUCUAAGAAUCUAAAAUACACAGUUUGACUCCACCGACCAAGCUGUGCAUAAUUUGUCAUGGCAUCAUACAAAUCAAAGCACGCACCUAAUUGAGCUAACCUACAAGGAUGCACAUCUUCGGUUUUAUUCAUAUCAAUCCUUUUUUGUCUGCCUUUGGGUUGUUCUCCCCUUGUCCGCCUGCCUCCGAACAUGUUGGGGUUAGACAGACUUUCUUAUUCAAAAUAAAUGAGGGUCACUUUACAUAGCUGGCAACAGAAGUAGUGACUCCCCUGUAUUCAAACUCCAUGUGUUUCUUUUAGAAGUGUUGGAGAGGAUGACCUCACCGCACAUUCUGAGCCCAGCAGUUGUACAGAAAAUUGGGUUUGGCGGAUGUGCAUGUGCUAAGCCUGUUAAUGCCAUUCUAGUUGUGGCAUUCUAACAAGGUAUUGAAUCCAAACUGCAGAAAAAGCAGCAACAAGGAAAAAGCUUCACGGCAAGUGUAUCAUAUGACAAUCGGUCUACGACUUUAUGGUCCAGGCUUUGUUCUGACCUGAGGCAGAGAUUACUACGUCUGGCAUAAACACUGUUCUCAGUGGUAAGACGUACUGUUUUCCCCCUCCUUAUGUUUCAUCAGCUUUCCUCUUGAACAAUGCCUCUCGACCGAAUCAGUGUUUAGCAAGGACUAAGCACAGUGAAGCAAUUUGAAUAUCCCCUUUCUUGGCACUGCUGUACUGAGUCAGUGGUGUCUGGCGGUUUCGGUUAAUCUAUUGUGACUGGACCGGGCUGAAUGGGACACUGGCCAUCGCUGCUCGGCUUGGCGGUCCGGUCUUUUGAAGGGACUAACCUUAACGGUUCCAUAUGGGUUUUUAAGUGUGUUCCACAUGCUGGUCCGCUGUUACCUCAACGCUGACCGAUUUUUAGGGUAGCAUUUCGGAAAGGAAGGCAUGACUCGAAGGUAGUUUUUCCCUUGGGACAUCUUUGUUCAGAGGGAGACAGCUGUGUCCCGGGCUCAUACAUUCAUCACGUGUGAAGUCAUGUCCGUGAUAGUUGCAGCCACUACCAGAGUGUAUUUCAAAGCCCCUUCUCUCACUCCACUUUUAGAAAUACUUUGCAGGUCAGACAAAGGGUCUUGACAAACAUUUUCCAAAUUAUGUUCCAGGCAUUUUCUCUCCAGAAUCGUCUUUUUUCCCCACCCUUUCUGUUUUUUUUUGUUUUGUUUCAAUAGAUGUUCAGAUCGGUCACCAGUUUUGCUUGUGAGUUCAUUCGCUUUUCCUCUCCGGCAACUUCAGUUGUCUUCCAGAUCACAGACAUGGCUGAUCACUGUCGUCCUCGCUCCAGAUUGUUUCGCUCUUAACAGCUUUUUAAUGGAAUCGCAAAACUAAUGUGAUUGCUUUUUUGAGAACUUUUUUACCAAUCAGUUAUUAGACAGAGAUCAAGUAGUUAAACCGAGGGACGGGAAAAAAACAGAAACAGAUAGAAAAAGGCCAGUUUUUCUUCAAAGUUGAUUUUGUGGAGGAGUGAGCUCUGGAAUGAGCUUGGAGAAUUCUUUAUCUCCCCUUUCCUAAACUGGCUACUUUCUCAUCAGUGGGUGACUUUUGAAUGUUCCAGGCAAGAUGUGCAUGAUCUAGCUACCCGGCAACCGGACAUGAAUAUUCGCAAAAGAGGACUGAGCAGGCUGCGGAGUUACUCGGGCAUCUCUCACGAUCUGUCUGACGAAGGUCUUAGUGGAGAGAGAGGGCAUUUAAGGGCCAGCGAAAGGGAAAAGGACUCCCAAAAAAGGUCCGGUCCGAGUGAUCCACCUCCAUGGCGGACUACUGCUGUCAUGGCGACAGGGCUGGUGUCUGCUGUGGUGACAGGGCUGGCUCAUGCCUGGUGCGUUUACUCCAUACACGAGAACUUGCUGUGGUUCUCACACCUUCACGAAGUUGAACGUGAAAUCUCCUUUCGGACUGAAUGUGGUCUCUACUACUCCUACUAUAAACAGAUGUUGAGGGCUCCCUCCUUUCAGCAAGGUCUUUCAGAGCUCAUCAGCGAUAAUACCACUGAAUCCAAGAGAACCAUCAAUUUGUUGCAGCGGAUGAACAUCCAUCAGGAAGUGUUCCUGGCGGUUCUCUACCGGGUUCUACCCAUCCAGGCCUACCUGGAGCCAGUGUAUUUCUACAUUUACACAGUGUUUUCUCUCCAGGCUGUAUAUGUCAUAGCCUUGUUCAUCAUCGGUUGGCUGCUGAGCGGAUCCUGGCUAGCAGGGGUCCUCAGCGGAGUCUGGUACAUCCUAAAUAGAGUGGACACGACGCGUGUGGAGUUCACCAUCUCCCUCAGGGAGAAUUGGUCCUUACCCUUCUUUGCUCUCCAAGUCGCUGCCAUCACCUGUUAUCUGAGGCCUCACCUCAACACCAUCCAGCAGAAGGUUGUGGUGUGGCUGAUGUUCCUGGCCACGUUCCUGUUCUGCCUGACCUGGCAGUUCAAUCAGUUCAUCCUGCUGAUACAGGCUCUCGUCGUCUUCAGCCUGGACGCUGUGGACCUCAUCUCUACGGAGCAGGUGACCUGUCUGUACCUGGUUCAGGUCAGCGGCCUGCUUUCCGUGUGGCUCCUGCAGUUCUGUAACUCUAUGAUCCUGGGCUCGCUUGUUCUCAGCUUCAUCGUGGCCGCUCUCUUUGUCAAGCACUUCCAGAAAGGUCUGAAGAGCGGAGGUCUUGCAGCGCGCCUGGGAAAGCUACUCCUCCACACCUUCCUCGUACUCACACUAACAUUCACUAUUAAUUAUUUAGCCAAGAGAGCUCUGCAGCUGCGCUCGGAUGAACACAUCUUCAAAUUCAUAAAGUCCAAGUUUGGCUUGGGACCUACAAGAGAUUUCGAUGCCAGCCUGUACCUGUGCGAGGAGGCUUUCGGGCUGCUUCCCUUGAACACGUUUGAGCGCUUGGCUGAAACUCUGCUGGCGUACCCGUAUCUGGUCACGGUGGCUGUUCUCUUGGCAUUGCUGAUGAUGGUGGCGCUGGCCAACCUCUGUGAAUCAGCGGCGGGCGGGCAGCUGCUGCCGAAAGGCGUAUGCGAGGAGCGGCCGACCUGUAUACGGUCAGAUGUCGCAUACAAUCUGUUACACACCGUCUUCUUCGGGCUCCUUGCGCUCAGCACCAUGAGAAUGAAAUAUCUUUGGACUGGCCAUAUGUGUGUAUUUGCUUCCUAUGGCGUGUGUGGCAAGGAGCUGUGGUCCCUCUUCUUAAACAUGAUCCGCUGUAACACUAAAAUGAAGCUGAGGCUAAUCAGGUACAUGGUUCCACUUGUCAUUCUGGGCUUUCUAUAUUACAAGUUCUGGCCCAAACUCAUGGCAGAAGUUUCAGAGCUGAGAGAAUUCUACGACCCCGACACUGUUGAGCUGAUGACUUGGAUUAGCUCAAAGACCCCCAAGAAGGCUGUGUUUGCUGGGAGCAUGCAGCUGCUAGCUGGGAUCAAACUAUGCACAGGCAGAGUGCUGACCAACCACCCGCACUAUGAGGACCAAGCCCUAAGAGAGAGAACCAGACAGGUAUAUCAGAUCUACGCCCGGAGGUCGCCGGAGGAGGUGCACGCGAUCCUGCGGGAGGCCGGCGCCGAUUACGUGGUGAUGGAGGACAGCAUCUGCUACGAGAGGAGGCACCGACGUGGCUGCAGGCUCCGGGACCUGCUGGAUCUGGCCAAUGGACACAUCAUGGAUGGCCCUGGGGAAAACCCCCCAGACCUGGUCCCGGCCUCACACCCCCGCUUCUGCGAGUCCAUCAAAACAGAUGACCCUGUGUGCACAUCCCUCUUCACCCGCGUCUUCCAAAAUAAGACCUUCCACGUCUACAAGCUGAAGAAGAGCAAGAAGAGGCCCAAGGCUGUCGAGGAUAAGACCCAAUAACCUCCCGGGUCCCCCAUAAACAGCCCCUCACAUCGAACUGCCCGCCCUGGUCUCUGACUCUGCCUCUGGUGACUCUCUGCCACUUUGAUAUACAGCUGGUCCAAACCAGAGUAGAAUGAGGGGAGGUAUCGUUCAGAGUGGGUUUGAUUGAAAGGAAGAAAAGCAGUGAGGGUAAUCAUUACCCGGGGACAUUCGGAUAUCUCGGGGCGCUGGCUGGCAUCUGACUCUGACUGCAGUCUGCUCGCAACCCAUACCAUUCCAGACAGUACGGGUUUCCUCUCGAAGACUCCUUUUCUACCCUCCGACUCCAACAUAAAGUUCUCCGCAACUUGAUGGCCACAUUGAAUCGAGGGUGGACGUGCCAUUCUAAUUGUAAUGCGUAAGUCAUAGCACUGUGAAGAGUAUUUGCUUGUUCGUCGUGUUGAAAUUGGAUGUUUAAUUUAGAAGACGGCAGAAUCUGAGAAGUAAUUCCGCUAUUGUUGCCUAAUAACUGUAUACUAAUGUAAUGUUUUUUAGAACUGGCAUUCAUAUGUGUUAAUAAUUAACUGUAGAUGAGUUGGUUGUUUAAACAGAUGUCGUUAUUUUUAAUAGAAAUGAAAUGAAGAAAUGUUAGAGCAGUUCAUUAACUGCGUGUGUGUUCAUCCAACACCCGACACCACAUAAUCAUAUUAUGUAGAAGAACUGCACUGUCAUUAAACCAACACCACAGGUCGAUGUUGAAUUCGAGGAAUGUUUAACAAAAAUUGUAUUAAUUCCAACCAGCCAAAAUCAGCUUUACAAUGUCCAGUGCCCUCAUGCUUCAAAUUCUAAAAUGUUAAGGCAUAUAGUCUGGAGGGGUAUGAGUCUUAGUAGGUUUUAAAGUCUGUGUAAUCCAAUUGGAGAAAGAGCUACUGAGUUAAUAAUGUAGUGUGGGUUUGAUGGAAUUCAUUAUUGUAAUGCAUUGCCGGUGUCGGCUAUUGCCAGUUAACACAAGAUCUGAAUCCAGGCCUAAAUCUGGGUGUAUAUGAAUACAGACUAUUCUGAUAAUUCAGUAGGGGAGAUUGGGGUAUGAAGUAACAGCUAAAUAACUCACGACCAACCAUUCAGAAGCUGUUAUUAAAUGUGCUAUGGUUUGGUUAGUUGUACUACUUUUGAAUGCAACAAUUCUCAAAUAAAUAUACAUUUUCUGUACUCUCUGUGAGGUCAGUAUGACAUGCCUAAUGGAUAAAUUAAAAUAGACAAAAUAUAUCUAGUAUACUGUAUUUUAAAUCUUUUGAUGAUUUACAUUUCCCGCAAUAAAGAAACAUUGUAGAAAGUGUUACAACUAACCGUUCCGUGGUGGACAGUAAAGACACAAUGAGCAAGUGUUGUUUGUCCCCUAUUCUCUCCUCCUGGCAGUUGGAAUUUUUUUAUUUCAUAUCGUUAGUUUGGAUUGCGUCAUGGUAUUAUUUUAAUAACUUCAGAGUAUGAAAGUGCCUUCAAUUGUCUAUUUCAUCUCUGUUUUGAUGUCAAGAGGCUGUGUCUUUUGUUGAACCCGUCAGUUACUUGAUGCUUUGCCUACAGUGCUGUAAAAAAAAGGACAUUCUAACUGAACACUUGUCCUUACAUGUCAUUUUUGUAGUUACAUUUUGCAUGGUUUGAGCUUUGUCAAAAACAUGAGUUUGCAGGUGAAAACUUCUGAGGGUUUAAAUAUCAAAAAAGGAAUUACAUGAACAUUUCCAAUACUCUGUUGACCGAAUAUGAUUUAGUACCUUUUAAUCAACUGCCAUGUUGACAGUUUUCUACAAUAUUUUGUAUUUAUAACAUUGAACUGUGUUUAAUCUAAAAGUCAACCCCUUCUUAUCUUUUGUUGCCAUCUCUUCCUAUUGUUGGAACUGUGUCUGUCUGUCUGUUUACCAAGUAAAUAGUUUGUGACUGUUUGACGUGCCAGCGGAGGAAUUGCACUAGUUAGUUUGGCAUAUCAUGAUUUAUGUGUUUUCAUCUUUCUGGUGAACCCUGUUUUUCCAUGGAUCUGUGUUAUGUGAAGAUAUCGAAAGGGACUUUGUUUUCUCUGUUGCUUUGUUUUAAGUUUUAUUGGUGUUCUGUUGUCACUUUUGUUAAUUAUUUUGAUGAUGACACAGAAAAUGUAUUUCCAUAUAAAUAAUAAAUGCAAUAAUGUUGAUUCAAGUUGUUAAA